AUGGCAGGCUUCAUGAGUUUCGGCCACGGCCAAGGUCCUUUUCCGCCUUGCCCUGCUCUCCCACCUCGACCACCUACUCCGCCUGAAUUCACCCGCCAACGAAGACCCCUUGCAAACCCAUCCAUGUACGCCCGUCUGACAUGUCUCCUCACGAACUACCUCCAAAGCGAUCUCCAUGCCUCCGCCGCAUACCGAGGUCGAAACAUCUUCAAUGUCUGGCAAUUGCCAAGCCAAGGUGUAAUAAUCCACAGCGCCUCACUCAGCCCAAAUAGCGUUCUUGCGGACGAUGUUCGAUUAUCCACUGAUAUGAAUCUGAAUGGAUUCGUCGUCACUAUUCGGGCUAUCAAGAAUAAGUCCAAAUCGGGCAAUACUUACUACUCCCUCACUGCAAGGUUACAAGCAUAUGACCAGAACGGCGGUCUCGUCAGUUUUCUGAAGAAUGAGAGAGAGGAGAGUGAGAUCAAUAUCUAUGCAGUCACCAUCACUGAUGGCAGAGCUGAUACGAGAGAAUGGGAUUAUAUGAGUUUUAAAGAGGCGUUGACGCGUUUGAGGAGGUCGAGUUUGUUUCUCUUUUAUGAUUGGGGGGAGGAUUGUUCGGAUGCGCACAGGCAAGCGUUGAUUCAAAGGUUGAGACUGAGUAAUGCUACCACUUUUGUGCAUGCUACGGAGGCGAGCUUUAUGGCGAAGAUCAAUGAGUUGAGCUGA